AUGGUUCGCUGGAGAGACCUACUCCGAUCUGCCACGGAGAAUGGCCUUGUCGUGCAGGGUCACAGCGAGCCACCAGCUGCCAGCCCCGUGCCGAACGGCACGGAUGGCGGGGAAUCGUUGCCCGAGGAACCUGAGGAUGACGACUUGCCUGCCCUGGUUUCCCACGAGCUGGACGACAUCCCGAGAGACCAGGCGUACUCGGAACGCCGGGACGACCAGCUGGUGCAGGAGGAACCGUAUGCAAGGACAGAGCCAGGCAGAAAGGACUGUUUGGAGGACGUGCCUUGCGAGGAUGACGAGGUCGUGGAAGAAGUGGCGGAGGAGGAGGAGGAGGAAUCCGAGUUGGUUUUCGACGAU